AUGACUCGUGUAAAGCGAAAAGUCAAAGAAGUCAACUAUGUGGAGAGUUCAGCCUCCGAUGACGACCUUUCGAGCGAUAACGAGCGGCCAUCCCCGUUUCGUCCUCGCAAGCGACCCGCAGCUCUCUCUGAGCGCCCAAUGAAAGAAAUCAAGAAAACAAGUACCGAUAGAGUUCUUUCUGACGCUGAAGCCUCGGAGGGAACCUCGACCACCGAUGAACAGAGAAAGGAGUCCUUACAAUUAGCAAAGAAUUCUUGCGAUUCCUCUGCCGCGCUGGAGGUCUACAAGGCACCCACGGCUGAAGAACUCGUUCAAACGCGCAGUCUGAUUCAGCAAGAGGAAGCACAGCUUGAUAAACUCAAAAUUAGGCACUCAGAUCUUCUUGUACAGCUGCAGAUCAUCGAACAGCAGCAAACUCUGCUUUCAAAAAGUAUCGAAUGGCGUCGGUCAAGUAUCAGCCCCUUCCACUCCUUACCUCACGACAUACUUGCUAUGAUCUUCCAAUCAUCAGAGGACGUCUCUCCAUGGGUAUGGAUGAGCAUGAACCGGAUGACCCGAGCAGUCGCAAUGCAAACACGGUCACUAUGGAGCAAAAUUCUGAUAACGACCGACCCAAGUCUCUCCUGGUCGUGGUCAAGGAAUCGUUGGAGUUUUGGUCGUGAACGAUGCAAUACCGUUCUUCGCCUUCAGCGAGCGUUGGCCCGUUCUGCAGGCGGAAAAGUGGAUAUAAAACUCUUCAUCCCAUAUAGGAAUGGCACUUGGCUUAACACCAAGGACAAGGCUAUAGUAAAUGACCUCAUCACAACCCUGGAGACGGCUCAAUUCCGUAUCUCAUCUUUGGAUCUGUACGACAACCAGUCCUCUAUCAUCGAAAGCCUCUCUCUCAGCAAAUUCACCUUUUCGGCUCUGGAAUACGUCAGUCUUACGACGAAGAUGGUAUCUGUAUUUCAGCGCAUCCAGGAGACGGCGACAGCGCUGCGAUCUCUGCAGCUCGGUAUCAUCCCAGGAGAGAAGCUUGUCUGGAAGAUGAGAACAGACAAUAUUAUCACAAUUAUGAACCUCCGUACGAGUCCGGGUAAUUGGGGAGAAACAAUCGGGCCAGGAAUUUACGAGGUCAUCUCAUUGGCUAAAAACCUCUCAUAUCUUAUACUCCACGAUACAAUAAUCCUUGAAACGGUAUCAAAGAGCACCCUCGUUCUCCCAUCCCUCGAGCAUCUUGUAAUCGAUAACUGCACCUUGCGCAUCGGACUCGAACUUCCUCGCCUCGAAAUACUCGAGCUGUCUCGGUCACGCGUCGGAGUCAGUGGACAAGAUCUAGUCAUGCCCUGUCUGAAGGAGCUCAAGCUUCAACGGGCAAGCGAGAUUGUAAAGGGUAUAAAGGCCCCCAAACUCGAAUCACUUGAUAUGCAGACAGAUGUGAAUUCCUUCAUUCAGCUUGUCGAGUGCUCGAUCAAGAAAGGAUACAUGGCCCCACGGGUGCUGACAUUGUGUGUCGAUAAUUCGCGAGUUGAUGAGGACGACUUCUUGACUGCGCUCGAUAGCAUCCAGUCCCUUCGGGAUCUAGCGUUUCAUGGAACCGGGCUGCGAAAGAAGUUCUUCGACUGGUUUGCAGGUGCUAGUCUAGCAUCCAAAUCCAAGUCACCACGAAGAACCCCAAUUUGCACACAGCUUCAAAGAUUUCGUCUAGAUGGAACGUACGCCGGGAACAAAAACACUGGGAAAGCGAUGUCAAAGUGGCUCCAUCAAGCUGUCAAAGUGAGGCAGAACGCUCAAUACCCGCUCGAUGAAAUUUUAUUCAAGGAAAGUCUAGACCAUGAAUGGGAGAGGCUUUCGUAG